AUGCCUUCGAGCAAGCUACACCUGAAGCCGACGCCAGCAGAAGAAGCAGAACAUGAGUGGCGAAAGGCUCAGAAAGCGGCACGGAGGGCAGCGAAGAAGAGGCGUCCUAACGAAUACUCCAGCGACGAGGAUGGCCGGGCGAAACGGCGGCGAGCAGAUUCCUCUCAUUCGCAUACCGGGACCACACACAAACAAGCACACGACGAGUAUGGUUUUGACACCGAAGAAGAGUACGGUCCCCCUCCACCCCCUUCUGUUUCCUCCAGCCACCGCGCGCGCAAGCCGGAUUACGACCACAUCUACGCGCAGAUGCAGGAGGAGCGCUUCCGGGAGAAGAUGUGGGGGGCAUUGGAAGAUGACGAGCGCUUGGACGCGGUCGAGUCGCGCUUAAACGCGUAUGCGCAUGUACCCAGGAGGUGGCGAGGCGGAGGCAUGGACCGGAUGGAUGACGACGCAGACAUAAACCCACAGAUGAUGGAGGAUGAGGACUACGCGGAGUGGAUCAGGGCGGGGAUGUGGAGGAAACAGCAUGCUGCAGACCAUGCAGAACAAACUCGCAAGGAGGCCGAGAAGGCUGCUCGUCGAGCAUAUGAAGAGGCUAUCAGAGAAGAAACUUCUAGGCUGGAGAAGGCAGCGGAAGAAGACAGAAUGCGACGGAAGAGAGGUAGAGACCGCAAGCGCGAGGCAGAGGCGAGGGAGCAGUACAAUGCUCAGUGGAAAAAGCUGCUUGAAGCGGGUGAACCACUGCACCAGCAAAUCGGGUUCUCGGACGUUCCGUGGCCCGUCAUGAAGACAGGAGACGCGAUGUCUGUUGCAGACCUGUCACUGCAGGCAAUUUCGACGUUCUUGGUACCCGCUGAAGGGCGUGACCAAGAAGUAGAUGCCGAAACUGUCAAGAGACGCAAGGACAGGCUUCGUGAGACCAUGCUACGUUUUCAUCCGGACAAAUUCGAGGGUCGGAUAAUGGUACGAGUGCGAGAAGCGGAUAGAGAGAAGGUCAGAGAGGCUGUUGGAGUGGUUGUGCGAAUUGUCAGCGAGUUGAUGGGUGGGGGAAAGUGA